AUGUAUCAUGAAACAUUUUUUAGGUAUUUCGCCACAGGAGAUCUUAUUUUAUCAGUGUCCUUGGCAUUCAGAAUUGGAGAAUCCACUGCCCGAAAUAUUAUUAAAGAGGUAUCACAAGCUUUGACACAAGUGCUUUCACCAAUAUAUUUAAAAGCUCCAGACACUAAUCGAUGGCUACAAAUAUCCGCAGAUUUUUUACAAAAUUGUAAUUUCCCAAAUACUGCAGGCCCUUUCGAUGGAAAACAUUUUGAAAUUAAAUGUCCAUCGAAUUCGGGUUCAUCGUAUUAUAAUUACAAAAAAAACUUUAGCGUCGUUUUGAUUGCAGCUUGUGAUUCAAACUACAAAUUCACAGUAAUUCACGUAGGAGAAAUGGGUGGGAAUAAUGAUUCUGGGAUUUUCGCACAAAGUCCUAUUCGACUAUCUUUACACAAUAAUCAAAUUGGAUUGCCGAACGGGACUGCUGCACUCCCUGGCAGUGAAGAGAGAAUACCGAUGGUUUUUCUUGGUGACGGAGGGUUUCCCAAUUGGCCACAUUUAAUGGUACCUUAUUCUGGUAAACAUGUAAAUGAAAACAGGCGCAUUUUCAAUUACCGUCUAUGCAGAGCUCGCAGAUUAAUUGAAAAUGCAUUUGGCAUUCUCACUGCGCGGUGGCGAAUUUUCAGAAGAGCGUCUGAGCUUUUAGUUGACAGCUUUGAUAGUGUCAUUUUAGCUACAAUUUGCCUUCAUAACUUUUUGAAAACAAGAGAUGAAGAACAGAAUUGA